AUCGGAUUUGCCGAAGGUAGCCGAAUAUUUCCGAGGAUACGCUACAGUUCCAUACGGGUACUAAUGCUAGUCUAACCAAAAGUCAUGUGUUUGUUGGAUUGAAGACUUCUUUGACACUGCUCUCAGCAGCUAAAUAGAAGUGAAGCACCAGCUCGGAGCCGUCAGUAGUCCACUCCAGACGUUUUUGUUGCCGUUUCUGGGUAAAAUUGGACCGAUGCGGAAGACCGACGUAAGGUAUUGACAGCUGUAUGGGACAAAACAGUUCACAGGGUGCCACAAUGACUUCACCUGUCCGUGUCAUCGUGGUGGGAGCUGGCAGCCGAGGGGAGAUCUACUCCCAGUUUGCAUCCAUCCACCCUGAACGAGUGAAGGUUGUUGGAGUAGCUGACCCAAGGAAAUUUGCUCGCACUAAACUUCAACAGCAACACAAGAUUGUAGAUGAAAACACAUUUGAAGACUGGCCCAGUAUAGUUGAAAGAGAGAAGUUUGCGGAUGCUGUGUUAAUUUGUACCCCAGACCGCCUUCAUAAGGAACCUGCGGUGGCCUUUGCAAAGAAGGGAUACCAUGUUCUGCUGGAGAAACCAAUGGCAACAACUGCAGAAGACUGCACGUCGAUUGUGGAGGCUUGCACUCAGAAUGGUGUGAUGCUAUCAGUGGGUCAUGUUCUCCGGUAUGAUCCUGUCAUCCAUAAGAUAAAGGAGCUAAUAGAUGCUAGAGUCGUGGGUGAUGUGAUCCAUAUUCAGCACCUUGAGCCGGUUGGGUUUUAUCACUUUGCUCACUCAUUUGUUCGGGGGAACUGGAGGAAUGAAGCAGAAAGCUCUUUUGCUCUUUUGGCUAAAUCAUGCCAUGACAUUGACCUAAUACAUCACUGGGCUGGAACGCGCAGGUGUGUGAAAGUGUCAUCAUUUGGAUCUGUCAGCCACUUCCGAAAAGAAAACAAGCCAACAGGUGCUGCAGAUCGCUGCCUGGAUUGUUCAGUAGAAAGAGACUGUCCAUACUCAGCAUCCAAAAUCUACCUGAAUAGUGUGAAACAGGGUCACACUGGCUGGCCUGUAUCAGUCAUAUGCCCGAGCUCGCUCCCAGACAUCGAGUCAGUAACUGAGGCACUGAGGACUGGACCAUACGGCCGCUGUGUCUACGAGUGUGACAACGAUGUCUGCAGUAACCAGGUUGUGAACAUGGAGUUUGAAGGGGGUCUGACGGCAGCCUUUUCAAUGGUGGCAUUCACCGAGGAGCUCUGCAAGCGAAAAACAACCAUCUAUGGCAGCAAGGGGGAGCUGUCAUAUGAUGGCCAUGAGAUACGCGUGUUUGACUUUCUGACCCAGAGAUCCACAAAGCACACGGCACGCAAUAAUGUCCCUUGUCGCUUUGGCCUGAGUGGGCAUGGUGGAGCAGACUACCACCUUAUGGAUGCCUUUAUUUCUGCUGUGGCGAACAAUGAUCCAUCCCUGAUCCUCUCGGGUCCUGAGGAGACGCUGCAGAGCCAUCUGUUGGUGUUUGAAGCUGAGCGUUCGCGACUGGAGAGCAGGGUGGUGUACUGUGGCAACGUUAGCCAGAACUAGAUGACUAAAGAAACACUUUUGACAGGAAAAUGAUCUCACCUUAAAAAUCAAUGAGUAUAGGGCCACAUUUUUGAGUGCAAUCAGGUUGAUUAUUUAGUUAAUAUUGCUCAGGGAUUUGUGACGAAGUGAAUAAGUGAACCUGUUUAGUUUUUAAAUUACAUAAAUAAGCACUAUGCCAAGAACUUGAUAAUUUGUUGUUCUGUAUGUCAUGUUUAUAAUUGUAUGAGGAAGUAAUGUUAAUGGGAAGUACUCAUUAUUCCUACUAAAACAUUGUGAAUCUGUGUAAUAUAAAUAGUUGCUGAAUCUGU